CCUAGGCAACCAUGGUACAUCCCCUCUUCUCUCCUGACUCUUUUCAGCCCCGCGUAAUACGGAAGUCAAGAUAUAUUCGUUUCGGCGGACAGAGUUCGAAUUGUCUAUCAUGUCGCGCAUAUCGUCCCUUGACAUGGCAGCCUUAGAUAGGGAGAAAACGAAUGCGACAUACACUUACGAGGGCGUCCGCGGAUGGAAAAGCGUGCGUUUCCUGCGACCUUUCCGCGGAAUGUAUCACGACGUGCGAAGAAGGCUACCCUACUACUGGAGAGAUAUCAAAGAUGCUUGGGACUAUCGCACUAUUCCCAGUAUUGUGCGGAUGUAUUUCGUCAAUAUCCUGCCCGCCAUCGCCUACACUAUGGAUAUGUACCGUCGCACGGGCGAAUUUUACGGAAUCAAUGAGGGCCUCUUCUCUUCGGCUCUGGCGGCCAUGGUAUUCAGCAUUUUUGGAGCACAACCGCUAACUAUCGUCGGUAUCACGGGUCUGAUAUCUCUUUUUAACUACACGAUCUACGAUAUCGUCAACAUUUAUGACCCCUCUAUUUAUCCCAACUUCAUGUGCUGGACGGCCAUCUGGGCGGCCAUUUUCCAUUGGAUAGCGGCGGUGUGUAAUCUGUGCGAUUACAUGCGCUAUGUGACGGACUUCUCCAGUGAAGCCUUCGGCAUGUAUGUCGGCAUUAUAUAUUGCAUCAAGGGGGUGGAAGAGUUGGUGAACGAAUUCACAGCACAUGGUCGUGAUGCGGGGUACUUAGCUUGUAUAAUUGCCAUCCUAUUUUUCUUAACUAUCUACGCACUUGAGAAACUAGGUUCAAGUACCAUUUGGAAGCCUUCCAUCCGUGGUCUACUAGCUGAUUACGCAUAUCCGCUGGGCACCCUCUUCUGGGUAGGUUUCGCGCACUUUCCAGGAAAUCUGAAAUCGACUCAUAUCGGGUUUCUGCCGAUUACCCGUGCAUUUUAUCCUACACAAGACCGAGGCUGGCUCAUUCAUUUUUGGAAUCUCGAGGUAAAGUGGAUUUUCGUUGCCUUGCCCUUCGGGUUUUUGACUAUGCUCUUGUUCUACUACGACCAUAAUGUCAGUAGCUUGACUGCACAGGCGCGACAAUUCCCGCUGAAGAAGCCCUCCGGAUUCCACUGGGACUUUUUCCUAUUGGGCUGCACCACCUUCAUUGCGGGUAUAAUAGGGGUUCCUAUGCCCAAUGGUCUUGUUCCACAGGCUCCAGUCCACACAGACUCUCUGACAGUCUACGAAACGACGCUCCGAGUGAUUCCAACCGAAGAAGGGGAAGGUGCCGAGAUUCGUCGCCCUAUUGUUGAGGCAAAGGUGGUUAUUGAGCAGCGUAUCUCCCACUUUGUCAUGGGACUGGCUAUUAUUGGUACCAUGACCGGCCCCUUACUUGUUGUUUUGCAUACGAUGCCUACAGCUGUCUUCGCCGGCGUUUUCUUCACCGUUGGCUGGGGCUCCAUAGAAACAAAUGAAAUGAUGCAAAAGGCCAUCUUUCUCAUGCAGGAGAAACGGUUUGUUCAGCAGGACAAACCUUUACUCGCUGUCCGGAAGCAGAAGAUCUUGCUCUUUAUCGCAUUGCAAGGUAUCGGAGUUGCUGCAACUGUGGCCAUAUCCCAGACUAUAGCUGCGAUCGGUUUCCCUGUGUUGAUUAUCCUCCUCAUUCCACUCCGUGUAUGGGUUCUUCCUAGAUGGUUUAGCGAGAAGGAGCUGGACGUCCUCGACGACCUCACAGCGGACAAUAGCGCUGUGCUGAGUAGCUUGGGCGGUCCUCCCAAGUUCCUAGGUCAGACAGAGCCUGGCCAUGAAGGUUUGGAGCGCCGAUGCUCUGAGUAUCGUGCUAGAGUUCCUCGCCAGAGGGCGGGAAGCAUCACUCGUUAGCAGCUCUUUGGCCAACUAAUAGAUACGUGAGUCCACCAGGAAUUGUAACAAAGAGAUGUGGCCUACAUCGAUAUCUGCCUGUCUAGAAGCAUACUUGGCGUGGUUCACGCUUUGUGAACCAUUGUUGGCACCAAGUAUCUGACUAGCCUUGGCAGCGGGCUUUGGUAACAAGAUACUGCAAAAGCCCAACCCCUUAGGUAAAUCUCGGGAUAUCCAGGCUGUUUGCCAUAUAGCCCGGAAACUUCUCAGAGUGGAGGAGGGUGUUGAUAUGAGGGGUACAACCGGCCUUCUUACUGAAGAUUUUGCAGGUGCUCCACCUACAGCAAUGACGAAAACCCUUCUUCAGCAUCAAUUUUUAAAGGUUAGAGCAACUCAAUGGUGUCUUCGCCCGCUUCAUAUCCUCUGUAAGAUUGCCCGAGAGCGAAAGUACCAGUUGGAGUGCACUUGACCUAGUUUUGUUUACACAUUAACCCAACAUUAAAUACUAAGUCAGGUUUCUUUUUCUGGGCUAUAAUUGUAAGCAUGAUAAAAAU